AUGAGGGACGUCGAGGAAUUGGGCAGUAUGUCAGAGACGAAAUUGCAAAACCGAAACGUGGGCACACGAGUCGACUAUCACAUUGGUGUGAACCUCUCAGAAGAGCGUCGAGUUGCACGAGUCACGCUACCGACAUUCUCGGAAAUGAUCUCAGAAGUGUGGCAUGACCCGAGAGUCGCCCGGAUAGUGCGCACUUUUUACCACGCGGACGAGCCUUGUUCAGAACAUCCUGAGGGAAAGGCUAUGCAAAAUAUGCCUUGGAUAGAGGUUUCAGACAACUGCACAAUAAAUAGUCCUGAGCAGCACGCGCUGGAACAAGCGGCUGCAACUGGCAUCGGAAACGCUCGCUCUGGCUUACUUAUUCAGCCUGGACAGUCCCAUUCACAUAUGAUGCACCUUCAUCUUUCUUAA